AUGGAAAAAGUACCACCAACAAUUUCGUCUAGAAUAGUUCCGUCACCUUACAUAACCUCGCACGUCACUCUAGCUACUGAACUCCAACUCCAACAGGUCCUGUUUAGUUGCGCGACCCGCAACCGCCGAGACCCUCUGGCUACCCCCUUCGCCGCAUCCCCCGCUCCAUCCAAACCACACGCACCCACUCUCUCUUCCCUUCUGAAAGACCGGCCGAAGCUCCUAGCCAGCGUGGAGAAGUCCUCCAGGGCAGUGCGAUCGUUCGAGAGCACAGAUGCAUUGAGGAGGAUGUGGUGCGCCCGGGAGACUUGGGCAGAGGACAGGUACAAGCUGUUGCUUGAUGAGGGGGAUGUGGAGGCGGCGGUAAAUGUCCUCACCAGCUUGGACUUUGCAGAGAGCGAGCAGGGGGACGGGAACGAUGUUCACGAAGAGGACAGCGAGUCCGAUGACGAGUGA